AUGGCCGACUCCGGCACCGGCACUUACACAACGGCCUCCGAUGUCAUAACCUACAUCGGCGUCCCCCUUGCCGUCCUCGGUGUCCUUCCCAUCCUCUACAACACCGUUGCGACCCUUGCCGCCCGCUCGCGUAUCCGGCGCAUGCUCCGCCAUGCGCGCCUAACGGCCCUGACACGCUCCGACAUUGUAAACCGUGUCAUCGAGGUCGAUUUGCCGCGGUACGCCGUCACCCCGUGGGAUCGCUUCGACCACCGCGAGGAGUACUGGUCUCUUGCCCGCCACCCUUCGUCCAUACCUGGAGGAUCGUGGACAACGUUCAACUGGCGCACAAAUACCAUCGGCCUCAAGACGCAGAGGGUUGAAUAUGCCGACCAACUGCGGCAACCUCAAGUCGAUAUCAACUUUGAGGAGUUGAUUUCGUAUCUUUUGGAUCUUGGCGCCAUUCCAGACGCUCAUGGAUGGAGAUUGCUUAGAAGCACUGGGUUAUGGACCCCCGUGGGCUGUACUCUGAUGCAGAGUCCAAAUGGCCAACACAAGGCCCUGACCAUUGCGCCCCUGAAUGACUCAGACGGCCAUCUCUCAUUAUCUGUAACCUGGCAUUCUCACUGGACCACGAGAAGCCAUCAGUCCUUACCUCCCUACUGGGUCCGCCUCCCUCCGCCUCCUGAGAUCCCUAUGACCGAACCCGAACCUGAAUCACUCGAGGACGCCAAAGAGACGCCCUCCCCAACGUCUUCUCUCUCCAGCAUAACCCGCGCCGUCAACACCACCGCCAAAGCCCCCAUCGCCUGCAAAAUAUCCUCCGACGGCCUCAUCAGCGCCCACCCCGAGACCGAGGACCGCCCCGCCACGCCCCUCCACAUCGACCACGUGCGCAUCCGGCCGGGCCAGUCCGUGGGGAUAUGGUUUGCGAGCGCCGCCACGGCCUACGGCACCUCGAGCACCACGAUCCUCUGGAACUACCGCAUCCCCGACGACGUCCUCGCCUUUGCGCGGGGGUCCUCCGUGCCCUGCGGCGUGCUCGAGCUUGUGGGGUUCGUAGACGGCUCCCAGACGCCCGAGUGGGCGAGCCGUCACGAUGACAUGAGGGACAACCUCGACCUCAUGAGCCGGAGGAUGCGCGAGCAGCGGAACGCCAUGGCCGCCGAGUCGAGGCUGGGCCCGAUGGAAAGGGAGCAGGCUGUUGUGGACCGUAUGCGCAAAGAAUCGGAGCAACGCCUAGAUGACCUCCGAGAUAAAAUGCGGCUAGACGUCCAGCGCCGCGACCUCCGCACCCACGAGGCCAUCCAAUCGCCCAAAUGGGACGCCGCCCUCGUGGCCUCGCACACCCUCCCCUGGCUCCGGCAGCAGGGCCACGUCGCCGAAAGCACCAGCCUCCGCGCCGCGGCCGCGGGCCUGCUCCACCGCAUGCUCCGCGACGGCGCCUUUGCGGACGAGAUGGGCUCCAUGCUGGACAAGUGGAAGGCGUGGGCCGACAACGGGGGGAUGCGCAAGUCGGACCUCGAGGCGCUACGGGAGGGGCAGACGGGCUUCGCGCAGGCGAGCCUGCUGGUCGCGGUGAUUCGGGACGCGGGGGCCGCGACGGAGGGGGGGCUGAGUGUGGAUUUGCAGGAGUGUUUGCGCAUCUGGCGGCAGGUGAGGUUAGGUUAG